AUGGCUGAGGUUAUUGGUAUCGCUUCAGGCCUUGCCGGCUUGGUGUCCUUGGCACUUCAGUCGAGCAUAACGCUAUUCGGCACUGUUCAAAGCCUUCGCAAUCGAGAAAAGUCUAUCCGGGAUCUCCGAGAUGCACUACAGGACCUUGGAGAGGUGCUAAAUAUCCUUCGAGAAUCAAUUAGCACCGCCCCCGUGCUUAAUAGUGGAAUCAUCGAACGACCCCUACGUCGAUGUUGCAAAGCAUGCAAUGAUUUCAACACAUUGAUUAGAAAUUGUUCCGAACAUUCGACCGACAACAAAUUCAGUAUCCGUGAUUGGGCAAAAUUGCGAUACAUGGGUGAAGACAUCGUUGGCUUUCAGACUAUGAUUUCAGGCUACAAAUCCACAAUUACCAUUGCCCUUGCCUACGCCAAUAUGAAUUUAACCAAAACAACGAAAAAUGUUAUUGAUGAAUACAACGAACUCAUCGAAGACACCAAAUGUGAUCUUACUCUUCAUCUACGGUCCAUUGAGGAUAGAUUGAAGUCAUUAUCCUCUGGAGAAAUGGAAUCGAUCAAUGUUCAGAUGAUGGAAGAGGAAAGAGAAAGCACGCAGCAUGGCCUCGAAAUCUGUGAUCAAUUUUCUGCUUAUAUAGAGAGGACGAGGUCCACUUUGCUAGAGAAGAUGACUCGAGAUCCAACUAUUUCCGAAGUGGGAUCAUCACCCAUAGGGCACAACAACAUACCUUUGUUGAUCCUCGCACAAGCCUUGACUUCUGCGGAGAGAGAGGUCAUUAAUUCUAGGUUGAGGCUACUUGAACACCACCAUCAUGAACGAGGAGGACAACCCCGAGUAUUACGUUAUCAAAAAUCGCUGCCACAGGGCGAUAAAAUAGGCGAGCACAACGAAAGUCAAGAAGAGGCCGAAAAUAUCAAAGAAUCUUUGAAUUUCUUUGAUCGAAUAUCUCAAGAAACGAGCAAAAAUCGAACCAACUAUUUCGAGGAUAUAACGACCGGCGAUAGGAGUACACAAGCUGUUGUGUCAACGCUGAAAGAUCUUAUUUCUGCAAGACGAAUCAUUUCGGGAUCUGACUCGCUACAAGUUUUAGGACAGAUGUCCGAUGAUUCUCUACAGCAUAUGCUGCGACAACGCGAUAGCACUAAGGAACAGUGA